AUGUUCGGCGAUGACUUUCAAAUAUCGCGACUGGCGGUUCCAGCCGUAAGCAUUUUGAUCAGCUUUCUAGCGUACACUUCACAGUAUUUCUUUCUUCAUUUCGAAGCCGUGCCUCUCCGGAAAGAUGAAGUCUGGAAGAUCAACAUCUUUGCCCUGUGCAUCUGGGUCUGUUAUCUCAGAUCGUGUUAUGUAGACCCUGGCCGGCUCCCCGAAAGCCAGAAGCUCGUCAAUACCAGCCCAGAGGAAAAAGCCAAGGCUACUCGGCGUCAGCGAUGGUGCCGUAGAUGUGAGGCAUACAAGCCACCACGGGCGCAUCAUUGCAAGACCUGCCAAAGAUGCAUUCCCAAGAUGGACCACCACUGCCCAUGGACAUCAAACUGUGUAUCACAUUUUACCUUCCCGCACUUUUUCCGCUUCUUGUUUUUUGCCGUUGUCGGCAUGGGCUACCUUGAAACCUUACUCUGGGAACGGGGAUCUGUUGUCUGGGGAAGUCGAAACAUGCCUAGUUAUCUUGGUCCCAGUCUCAGGCAACUUUGUCACCUGUUCCUGCUGUUCGUUGUCAACAGUCUCACAGUAGUGGCUCUGUUCAUUCUUCUUGUGCGAACCAUGUAUUCGGUCUUGUUCAAUGUCACAACGAUCGAAUCAUGGGAAAUUGAGAGACACGAGACCCUUGUACGGCGAGCCCGCGUUAUGGGUGGGUAUCUUGACGCCCCGGGAGGCCAGAAGAUCAGAAUCAAGAAACAGGAAUUCCCAUAUGAUAUUGGGAUUUUCUCAAACAUGAGCCAGGCAAUGGGAACUAUCAAUAUUUUUAGCUGGUUCUGGCCUUUUGCGGCAACCCCGGACCGCAAAUCUGGAUGGGAGUUCCCCAUCAAUGAUUUUGAAGCCCGGGGAGUUUCUUGGCCACCGCCCGAUCCCGAUCGGAUUCCACUCCCAGCGCCGGCACCUUCUACAUCCACCUCGCCGGGACUCCAAACCUACGCAUCCGCUCGUGAGGAGAUUGAAGCAUUCAACCGUCGCCAGUCGGAUGAUAUGAACCGUCGUCGCCUGUUUUCAAAUGUUCAACGGCGUAGACGUUUCCACGAACGAAUACAAAAGGUCGACCAAGAUGGUAGUGACGAGGAGGGCCAACCUGGACCUAUCUAUGGUGAUGACUCUGAUGAUGGCGAAGAGUCAUGGCGUAAUGCUGAUGGGGAACGCCUUCGUGAUUUUGGUGUGGAUGAAGAUGUGGAAUUUUACGAUGAGGAUGAUACCCCCUUGGCUGUUCUCAUGGAACAGCGAAGAAAGGCUCAGUGA